AUGGACGGAGCCGGCCGGCGAGCUUGGCCGGCGAGCAUCGCCGCCUUGCUGACUGUACUUGGAGCUGCUGCGAUGACCGCUUCGGCAAACGACAAUGGCUUUACCGAGUGGCGGACCCCCAAAGCCGCGCUCUCUCGGCGUCCGGCUCGCCGUCGAUCCUCGUCAAAGCGCAUAACUCACCGGAACCGCACAGCCGCUUCUUCUCGCUUGGACGACGUUGGGCGCCUUCCGCUUACCUUUGGGCUUGCACCAAUUGCCGGCCCACGCCAUGCAGUGCCACGCCGUUGCCAGUCCGCGCCCACCCCAUCCCGUUUCGACCUCCCGACAUCGGCGGUAGGGGCAGCGCUGCAUCGUCGGGUUCUGCUGGGCCAGCACCUCUUUCUCCGUCUCGCAUCCCGAUCAGGAACUCUCUCGGCCUUACCGCCGCCCAGAAGAGCUGCCCCUCGAUUCGCUCACAUCACUCGUCCGUCUUCCACCGUCACGUUCUCACAAGCGCUGGCACCUCGAUCCGCUGUUGCCACCGCUUUCUAUCACUCUUCACCACCUUCCACCGCCACCAGCAUCUACGACAUCCUCUUGGUCAUCUGUGCCGAUUACAGUGAUUCUUCAUUGCAAAGGCUCGAUCGUGCAGGAGCUACUGCGAUCCACCUCACCCUUUCCGGCAGCCCAACUCAAGCCAAGUCGGCUUAG